AUGCAGAAUCGAAUUAUACCGUUUACAUAUGAACAAUUAAGAGAAUUACAACAUCAAGAUGAGCAAACGAAAUAUAUGAUGAUGACAAAGUCACUUCCUCAAGUACCAUUUGUACCUAAGGGGCGGAUACGCCCCGACAUAAUAAAGAUUUACCAUGAUACACCAGCAAAUGGUGCACAUUUUUGUCGAGAUAGAGCUAUUCACGAGAUCCAACAGCGAUACUUUUGGCCAAAUAUGGUGGCAGAUAUACAAAACCACAUUAAAUCGUGUAUUCCAUGUUUACAAAAUAAUCAUACACGUCGAAAACCAUCCGGUGCAUUAAAACCAAUUAAACCACCAGAAGGAAUCUGGCAAUUAUUGACAAUGGACUUUCAUGGACCAAUUACACCAACAACAAGACAAGGCAAUAAAUAUAUUAUUACAUUAACGGAUGUAUUAUCAAAAUUUGUUAUUACUAAAGCAGUACGCGAUUGCACCGCAACAACGGCAGCACAUUUUAUUAUGGAAGAUGUUAUUCUUAAAUAUGAAACUCCAAAAUGUAUUCUUACAGAUAACGGUACUCAUUUUACCGCCUCAAUGAUAUCUGAAUUAUUCAAGAAAAUUGGUGUUACACAUUUAUAUUCUACACCUUAUCACCCGAUGACAAAUGGACAAAUUGAACGUUAUAAGGUUAGUUAG